AAACUUUUAUAUGAGAGACUAACUUGAAUUGUAAACUUUCACUUAAAGCACAACAAUAAAAAAAAAGAAUGCACUAAUUCCUUUGACUCAUGGCUGUUUGUUUUAGUCCAAAGUUACCGUAUAACUGAAAUCUCUUAUGACAGAAUUUUCAAGACCACAAAAAGCAUUUUGGAUGCUUCGAUCUUAAAUGACUGUUGGAUAAAUCAAUUUGAAGGAACCAGAAAAAAAGAAUCUGAUAGCACAGAUGCUUGGGAAGAGAUGGCUUUAUUUAGAAGAAUCCUUUUCAUUUGGGUGUGGCAAGUCACAUGGUGGAAGGAGCUGGGAUAUAAGCCCAUGUCACUUAGUCAGGGAUGGGGUGGACAUAGUUAUGUCUGCAUUAAGGGUUGGAUUAAAAAUACUACAAGUACUCAGUCAUGUAUGUGGCCUUUGUUUUAGUUUUUGUGGAGAUAAAAAUACAAUCACUGUAUUUCAUGUACAGUGAUUGAAAAAUCCAUGUACUGGUGUUAAACGAGUUUACUUGGUAAAGUUAUUUUUAGGAGGCGAGUUUGUUUGCUUUGCAGUGAUAAGAUGUUAUCUAAAAUUAUUCAGAAGCAUCACAGUACGCAAGAAUUAUUUUAAAAACUUAUCAACCAUAGGCAGUCUAUCAUUUCCUUCCGGUAAUGUCCCAUCCGUACAUCCACGCCCAACCAUUUCUCCUUUUUAAAUCCAGCCUUCCUCUCUGUCUCCUAUGGCAGAUACUUUUCUGUCACUCUCUUGAACCACACAGCCCUCUGGCUGAUGUAGCUUAUUUGGUUAUUUGUCUUUUGCAGCUUUAAUAGUUGUAAUUUGGGUACUUGUUUCCUCCUCGAGACUGUAAACUCCUUGAAGGCAAGAACUGUGUCUUGUUGAUACCUGUAUACCCUUGAAUGCUUAGCUUCGUCCCGCGUUCAUUGAUCAUCAGUAUCUAUCAAGUGGAUAACUGUCUCUUUUAAUGUCUUGCAGAUAACCUGGAAGACACCUACUCCAUUCAGCAAGAGGGGCCUGAGAGAUUUAUCCUGGACUGUAGAAGCGAAAGGAAGAAUGUGAAAGGAUUUCAAACCACAGUUUUUAAAGAGUUUGAGGACACUGGGCCAAUAAUUUGUUCUCCUCCACCAUACAUAUAGGUAAAGGCUGGUUCUGAUGCAGCUAAGAACCAUGCAGACCGUCAAAAAGGAGCAGGCACCAAUUGACACUAGUAGUAAUGUGGACAAGAUGAUAGUACUUAGUUCUGCUCUAACUGAAGUGUCUGAAGACCUGACGACUGGGGAAGACCUCCUACUGAAUGAAGGAAGUGUGGGGAAAAACAAAUCUUCAGCGUGCCGGAGGAAGCGGGAGUUCAUUCCCGACGAGAAGAAGGAUGCCAUGUAUUGGGAGAAAAGGCGGAAAAACAACGAAGCUGCCAAAAGGUCCCGCGAGAAGCGUCGACUCAAUGACCUGGUUCUAGAGAACAAACUGAUCGCUCUGGGAGAGGAAAACGCCACUUUAAAGGCUGAACUGCUUUCGCUGAAACUAAAGUUUGGUUUAAUUAGCUCCACAGCAUAUGCUCAAGAGAUUCAGAAACUCAGUAAUUCUACGGCUGUGUACUUUCAAGACUAUCCGACUUCCAAAUCUAACGUUAGCUCGUUUGUGGAUGAGCAUGAGCGCUCCAUGGUGGCCAGCAGCUGUAUUUCUGUGAUCAAGCACUCCCCACAGUCUCUGUCCGACGGAUCAGAGGUGUCCUCAGUAGAACACACUCAGGAGAGCCCUGUUCAGAGUAGCUGCAGAAGUCCCGAAAACAAAUUCCAGAUCAUCAAACAAGAGCCGAUGGAGUUGGAGAGCUAUACGAGAGAGACGAGAGAUGACAGAGAGGUGACAACGCCCAUCUAUCAGAACUACAUAGGAAAUUCUUUCCCUGGCUACUCACACUCUCCGCCUCUGUUACAAGUCAACCGCUCCUCCAGUAACUCGCCAAGAACAUCAGAGACCGAUGACGGGGUGGUCGGAAAGUCAUCCGAUGGGGAAGACGAACAGCAGGUUCCCAAGGGCCCCAUCCACUCUCCAGUUGAACUUAAACAUGGACACGCGACAGUGGUUAAAGUCCCAGAAGUGAAUUCUUCUGCGUUGCCGCAUAAGCUUCGGAUCAAAGGCAAAGCCAUGCAGAUUAAGGUGGAAGCGUUAGAUGGUGAGUUUGAUGCCGCGCAGAAACUGUCCUCAGCUAUCGACAUGACAUCAAAAAGACAUUUUGAACUUGAAAAGCAUAACACCCCGAAUAUGGUACAUUCUGCUCUCACUCCUUUCUCCGUUCAGGUGACUAACAUCCAAGAUUGGUCUCUCAAAUCAGAACACUGGCAUCAGAAAGAACUUAUCGGCAAGACCCAGAACAGCUUCAAAUCUGGAGUGGUUGAAAUUAAAGACAGUGUCUACAGAGUGUCUGACCCAGAGAAUUUGUAUUUAAAGCAGGGGAUAGCAAACUUAUCGGCAGAGGUUGCCUCGCUUAAGAGACUUAUAACCACACAACAGAUCUCUGCUUCAGACUCCGGGUGAACUACUACUGACUGAUGUCUGGCUGUUUAGGGAGACGCCAUUUGCAAUAGAUGAGUAUGUUUUGUAUUCUGAGUUUUCACUGGACCUGUGAUGUCAUUUCACUGUAAUGUUCACACAUGUUGUCUGUUUGGUGUCUUUUUGUGCACAGAUUAUUAUGAAGAUUAGAUUGUGUUCUCACUCUGCCUUGUGUAUAGUCAAAUAGUCCAUACAAAGGCUGUAUAUAUUGAACAUUAUUUUUGUUGUUCUGCUAUAAAAUGUGCAAGUUACCAGUUUCAAUAAAGAAUUGGUGGCAACACAGAACUUCUCCCCAUUUGCACUUGAUCUUAUAGAAAGAAAAAGCAGUUUAAGUUACCAAAAUUAGAUAUUAAAGAAUUUCUACCGUUUACUUAUUUUGGGGUGUUUUCUAAACAUGGGAAAACUGAAGUGGAAGUUGGACAAAUAAUUUGUUAUUCUUCUAGUUUGGCUAGGCUAUAAAAAGUUUUUUUAAAAACCUUUAAAAAAAGAAAAAACAUAACAAUGAGUUGACUAGUUUGUUAAAUUUCUCUCCAUUGUAUAGUUUUAUUUUAAGGUAGAUUCUCCCUAUACUUUUUUUUUUAAGUAGAGAAAUCCAAGUGGAUUAGCAAACAGCCUCGCUUUAUUCAUCUCUAUUUAAUCGUGACAUGUGGAUGUGGAUAGUUGAGUCACUGACUAUUAGAUUAGAGGUGCUUUUAAAAGAGUGGAUAAAGACUUAAGUACGAAGGCAUUUUUAUGUUGUUGUAAAUUGUAACAGUUCUAGAGAAUAACAGUCUAGAGACUGAAGCUGGUGAAAUACUGUUUUUAUUGAAUUUCCAAAAUGUCAAAGAAAACAUUACUUACCAUAUUAUAACAUGUAUAGUCUGAAUA